AUGGCAUCCUCAGAGACAACACCUCUACUCCGCCAGGAAUCGACAACGUCAUACGCUCCAGAUGAGGAGUACGAUGAAACUACCGCCGCGAGAAGUACUUUUGCCCGCAACCUGGGUGCGCUCGAUGGCUUCGCGCUCCUGAUAAGCAUCGUCAUCGGAUCCGGAGUAUUUUCAUCGCCAGGACCCAUCGAUGCGAAUGUUCCAUCACCUGGCGCCGGGCUACUUGUAUGGCUAGUUGGCGGUAUUCUAGCAUGGAGUGGCGCUCUGACCAUGGCUGAGCUCGGUACGGCGUUUCCUGGAGAAGGCGGCAUCCAACCAUAUCUCACUUACAUUUAUGGAGAUGUCUUUGGAUACAUGGCGGCUUGGUCUUGGGUUGUUGCGACUAUGCCAGCUACACUUGCGAUUCUCAGCAUCGUAUUUGUGGAGUCCAUCUACUCCAGCUUGGGUGUGAAUGAACCAGAUCCGCCUAUCACGCAUAAAUUGCUGUCUCUGCUUGUCCUAGUGUGUGUCACAACUCUAAACUCCAUCAGCACCAAGACGAGCACUCGGUUAUCUAGCUUCUUCGUUGCCAUAAAACUGCUUACCAUUUCCUUGCUUAUCAUAUCUGGGCUAGUCGUGGUCUUUGUCUUUGUCGGAAAGAGCAAGGACCUAGGAGGUCAUGAUUGGCAUCAAAACAAUUGGUUCUCUCCAAGAGACACGAUAUUACCCGACGGAUCAAGGUUCGACUGGACAAAGGUGACUACAUGGGAGUCACUUGGCUUCUAUUCAACAGCUCUUUAUGGAGCUCUAUGGGCAUACUCUGGUUGGGACAAAGCCAAUUAUGUUGCAGCUGAGUUGCGAAAUCCCAGCCGUCAGCUUCCACUGUCGAUCAACACCGCUAUACCUACAAUCAUACUCUGUUAUGUCGCAGCUAACGCGGUCUACUAUAUUCUACUCCCCUGGGGGGUUGUAUCAACAACGGAUGCUGCCGCUGUAACGGCUGUUACCCAUUUCCUUGGCAAGGGUGUAGCUUACUUUGCUACAGCGCUCAUCUGUCUUGUAAUUGCGGGCUCCGCCCUUGGUAACUCUUUCGUCGCUGGAAGGAUGACUGUGGCAGCAGCGAACAACAAUUGGUUCCCGCGUGUUUUUGGCACAGUCGGAUAUGUUGGUACCCUCAGAGUAAGCAAAAUUGCCGAUUCAGAUGAGCCAGCGGAUAUGGCCAUGGACAAUGGAGAGUCUCCGAUCAAUGCUUUGAUUCUCAACACUAUCCUUUCUGGCAUAUAUGUUCUGCUCGGAAACAUGCGCAUCCUGUUAACUCUCAACGGGCUGGCUGAAUAUGCUUUCUUCUUUCUCACCGUGCUUGGAGCAAUCAUCUUACGCUUCCGAGAGCCCGAUCUACCCCGACCCGUGAAGCCUCUCAUUCUUAUCCCUAUACUUUUUGCUCUGAUCAGCGGCUUUGUCGUUGUUAGAGGCGCUGUAUUCGCGCCUAUACAGGCAACGAUCCUCGUAGGGAUUUGGCUUUGUGGUCUUGUGUUUUACUUUGUCAGGCUAUGGUUCCUGAAGAAGAGAGGCAUCGCACAGCCUGGGUCAUCAUAUCGUGCCAUGACUAUCUAUACGGCUCCAGUGACACUAGUGGGGGCUGUCUUGUCCCGUCAUCCAACCGAACCCCGCGUGUUCCGAGCUUCCAUUGUCGUCAUGGUUGUACGUCCGUACUUCACCGACGAUAAACGUGUACUUCCUUUCGAAAAAGUAAUCGAACUUGAACGUAUCGAUCAUAGGACAUUCCGCUCGAUCGUAAAAGCGUAUUCACCAACUGGCGGCGAGAAUGGAACAUACGGCGGGCAUGUGUUUGCCCAAGCUGCAUGGGCUGCAGCGCAAACUGUCGAAGAAGGGUUUUUAGUACAUAACAUCACCGGAUGGUUCAUCUUAGGCGGUAAGCCAAAUGAACACUACACGUACCGCGUUCGAAAAAUCCGAGAUGGCUACAACUAUUGCAUCCGAGACGUGACCGUGAGCCAGGUUGCCGCUCAUGGGUAUAUGUUUGUAUGCACCUGCUCUUUCAAAAGGGAAGAGACCUCGCCCUUCGAUGUCCAAGAGGACGUGGAUUUGAGGGACUUAUACAAGGAUGCACUCGAAGACAAAGCCGAUGAACCAAUGGAGCAUUCAGCGGCUCCAAGCAAUGAUUCUGAACAUUUCCGGGAAACAUACCUUCCAGCGCAUCCAGAACACUUCAACCCCGUAGCUGGAUUGCACAUACGUAAGGCUGAUAUGACGAGUUACAACCGUAGCCGCCAUCCGCUCGAUCGAAAACAACUGACCUUUUACACCCUCCGCGGUUCACUGCCAUUACCUACCGCACCAUAUCCGCCUGUCUCAGACUCAGAUCAAAAGAUUGCUUUAACACGAGAGGCCAACAUGCAUGCCUGCGCACAUUUGUAUGCAUCGGAUCGCAACUCCCUCUUCAUCGUCCCAAACCAUCUCGGUCGGCCGCGAGACUACACCCGCAUGGCAUCCCUAUCUCACAGCGUCAUCUUUCAUGUCGGUAUCAAAGAUCUUCUCAUGACCUCUGAGCCACGGAUCGAUCAUCCAAACGCCGAUCCGACCUUGUGGGAAGACGGGUCGCUACCACUCUGCAACCUAGAAGAGCACAAGGAUGGUGACAAAGACGGGCGAAAAUGGUUUGUGCAAGAGGCCUGGCUCACUAGAGCUGCAGGCGGGAGAGCACUUCAUACCAGUCGUAUGUGGGACUAUAAACGUGGAGUACAUAUUGCGACAACCUUCCAAGAUGGGCUGAUCAGGUUCAAGAAGGAUGCGAAGCUCUAA